CCACUUCAGAAAUGUCUUCAAUUGAGAUGUCUACUAAAGAACAUGGUUCCACAAGCCAUCCUUCAAUGGAUAGUACAGCUGUGGUCUCAACUGCAGAAGGAAAUCUUUCCACACCAUUCACAACUACAAAUUCCACAAAGACAAUGGAAUCAGUGACGUCCUCCUUCACUACAGACACAACCUUCCAACCUCUUAUUACAACAGAAGACGGAACUGCAACGCAAACCCAAAACACACCAAUACCCACCUCAAUGGAGUCUCACAGGACUCGACAUACGAGUCCAACCAACAAUAGAUUGUCAACAUCAAGUUUGUCACAAUCAACUUUGGAAAUAUCUUCAACAGAGAUGACAAGUGAAAACAUUGGGUCCACAAGUACAAGGCAAACUUCAAUGGAAAUUACAGAUAUGGUCUCAACCCCAGAAAGUAGUGUGUCGACACCAUUCACAAUUACAAACUCUCCGACAACAACUGAAUCAUUGCCGACCCCCUCCACUACACAUAUAACAUCCUACCCUGUUAUUACAGGACAAGACAUAACUGUAAAUCAAACCCAAAGCACAUCAAUCCCUACCUCAAUGGAGUCUCAAACAACUGAAGACACCAGUCCAACCACCAACAAAUUGUCAACUUCAGGAAUGUCACAAACCACUGUUGACAUUUCUUCCACUGUGGCAACCACUGGAUUUGGUCUUUCCACAUCAUUCACAACUAGACACUUGAAAAAGACAAGUGAAUCAGCAUUUUCCACCUCCACUUUAGAUACCACUUCCUCAUCUGGAUUUACCACACCUAUGACAAUGAUUCCAGGUUCGACCACAGAAAGGAGACCGUCAACGCAAAGCGAGACAGUGACCACAAUUGUGCAUACACAGGCAGACAGUCAGUCAACACCAGCUCACAGUUCAACCUCAAAUGUUAUCCUUACGACAUUCACAACAAUAUCUACAACUCAUCAGUGUAAUGAAGAGGACUGUCAGUGUCAUGGUGCUCCUUGUUCUUUCAAUGACACUCUUGGCUUAUGUCAGUGCCAUUGCUCUGACUCCACCUUUGGAGAUUUGUGUAUUUAUGGAAGUAAUGUCAUCACAGUUUCCUUUGAUAAGGCAGUACCAACCAGAAAGGCAAAUGUCUCUUUGAGGAUUAUGAGGGAAUUUGAGACUGAGUAUGAAAAUAUGAACUCCAGCAAGUCCCAAAUAUUAAUCAAAACUUUGAUUAAGGAGCUUAGUGCUCUCUGCAGGAGAGCAGAUCCACACAAUUUUAAAGAUGUAAAAGUCAUUAAUCUAAUACCUGGAAGUAUAGUUGCAGAGAGCAUAGCGGAAUACUCCUAUCCCAACAAUGCAUCCCAAAUUGAUUUCCUCAACAAUGAACUGGAACCCAUACUUAGGAAUAUCUUGAACAACACAGAUAACCUGAUGAUCAUCAGUCAAGCAUUUGAAAAUGUGCGAAUCCAGGUUACCAACAUUACCUUCCAACCAAUGGAAAUAAGGAAUAUUGCAGAUUUGAGGUCCUUUGUGGUCUGUCGUCUGGGUUUUGCCAACUACACAGAAGAGCUCUCUGAUGGCAGCUGGAAGUGUGUGGGGCCUUGUAAACAGUAUCCAGACUACUGUCAUAGACACGGAGAAUGCUUUAAUAAUGUUCAAAGUGGACCUAUUUGUCUGUGCUAUGAGUCUUCCCUGGAGCAGUAUGAUGGACCCCAGUGUGAGCGCUUCCGCAGGGGAAGAGGUUUCUAUGCUGCACUCUUUGGUGCGCUGGGGGCAGGCAUCCUCCUCAUACUUGUUCUCAUCGUGGUUAUCGUGGUCCUGCGAAGGAACCGUGGGGGACGAUGGGACAUUGACAAGCCACCUGCCAGAAGACUGAUGUUUCUCAAAGAGGACUUUUUUGACUUCACACAAAGAGACCUCGGUCCAUACCAUGGCAGUUCACCAGUCUACACAAAUACUGGUUUAGUUGACGAAGGCUGCCCAGGAGUAUUCAGCCUGCAUCUUGACAAUGUUGACACAACAUAACAUGUACAUUUACAGGCAUUAUACUGUAAUUUCUGUUGUUUCAUGUCUUUCAUAUUUGUCAUAUCUUACAAUCUUCGCUAUGAAUGAAAAAUUACAUCCAGUAAUGAGUGGCAGUAAAUAUAAAAUAUAGUAUCUACACUAAAACAUCACACCUCUCUAUAUGCUAUAAUAACAAGUAUUUACAUGUAAUUACUUUCACAGUCUAGAGCACCAGCUGUUUAUGAUUCUCUAUUUUAAUGAAUACUAAUGUUGACAUUUUAAGUGAUAUGAUUAUCCAAAAUGUUUUCUCAGGUGAAGACCCAAUGGCCAACAAAAAUAGAUUUUCUUCAAAAUAAAACAGAAUAAAGUAUUCAAGCUGCCUAAAACGUUUAACCACAAAUAAUUAUUCUUUAUAAUAUGCAUAAUCAUUGUGAAUCAAAUUAAUUUUGUACUGCAGCUAUUUUACUGGUAUUCGGAAGCAUAAGGGUACACACUACUGUCCUUUGAGGACUUGAUAUAUAGAAUGAGAUCUAGAUGAACAAUUUUCUGGCAUUAAAGACGACCCUGUAUGAGUAUUAGAUGUGUACGUUACAUCUGUUGACUAAGUGUAAUAUGUCACUUCUGGGCUUUGGGUUCACAUAUAUAUUUUAAUUUGACAAAUAUUUAAAUAAACGGUGAGACGAA